AUGUUCGCUCGCAGCAUCGUCAAGGCUGUGGCUAAACCUGGUUUCCGCCCAGCAGCUGCCUUCGUCGCCCCUCUCACCCGCGCCACAUUCUCGACCUCCGUCAGGCGGAGCGAACCGGAGGUCCCGGUCGUCAGCUAUGAGAGCGGCCAGCGCGUCGAGGAACGCAUCAAUUUCCCCGCUGGCCAGUCUGGACCUGUGAACCCACCAGGUGGCGACCAGACGAAGUCCGCACGUCCGUUGGGCGCAGACGCAGCCAAGCAUCUCACACCAACGCUAAGCAAGUUCACUCUGCCUGGCAAGGUCGCCGUUAUUACUGGCGGUGGUCGUGGUCUCGGCUUCAACAUGGCUCAAGCUCUCUCGGAGGUCGGCGUGCGUGGUAUUGCCAUUCUCGAUGUGCAGGAGGAUCUCGGGGACAAUGCUGCUCGUGAGCUUAGCGAGCAGACUGGUGUGGACGUCCGCUUCUACAAGGUCGACGUCCGCGACGGCCUGGGUAUCAAUCAGACGGUGCAGGACAUCGUUGAUCACUACGGCGCUCUCGACGUCCUCAUCAACGCCGCCGGUAUUGCUGACUCCAACAUCAAAGCCGAGACCUACCCGCACGACAAGUUCCGCCGCCUGAUCGAUAUCAAUAUCACUGGUACCUUCUUGGUGGCGCAGGCUGUUGGCAAUCAGAUGAUUGCCAGCGGCAAGGGCGGCAGCAUCAUCAACAUCGCAUCCAUGUCAGGCUCGAUCGUCAACUACCCGCAAGAGCAGUCAUGUUACAACGCCAGCAAGGCCGCGGUCGUGCAGCUGACCAAGUCGCUGGCCGCUGAAUGGGCUCGCUUUGGCAUCCGUGUCAACUCCAUCAGUCCUGGCUACAUGGACACAGCCCUCAACCGUGUUCCGGCUCUUGAGGCGCAGAAGAGAAUCUGGGUGGAUCACACCCCUCAGAAGCGUCUGGGCGAUGCGGACGACCUCAACAACCUUGCUGUCUAUCUUGCUAGCGAGGGCUCGGCUUUCAUGACCGGCAACAACUGCAUCAUCGACGGUGGCUACUGUCUUUGGUAA